AUGGAUAUCGAGGUUGACGAGGACCUUCUGCGGACGGUCGCCUCGGGUGGUCAGAUGGACUACGGUCUAUGGCCUGCCCUGUCGCAAGGAAUCAUCACAAGGCUCGAUAAGAUCGCUCACAAUGAUUUUCCUAUCCCGAACCUGCCACCCCCACGUCAACGCAUUAACCCACCAGACCAACACCCACAACCGCCGCUCCUCUCCUCGUCCGGCCCCCCCGACACCGUCGGCGAUCCCUCGUCACAGGACGCAGACAAGGAAAACGCCCAGCCGAAAUCAUCGACAACGUCACCUACUGCCGCCGACGGCGAGCGCGAUGCGACGACUGCCGCACCCUUGGCCCCGGGCUCCCUGCCGGCCCAAAUCGAGGCGAUGCUCACCGAGAUCAACGCCGUCCUCGCGACCUUCCCAAAGUACCCCCCGCACACGAUUCAGCGCCUCGCCGAGCUCGUCAUCGAGCCCCGCCGACAUUACCGCCAACUGGCCUCAUAUCUCCACGCCGUCGACCGCGUCGUCCACGUCACGUCCGGCGCCAACGUCUACCCCCUCCCGCCUGCCGUCCCCGACGUGUCCGCCAUGACGCUCCUCUCCAACGGCACAAUCGCCAACGGCGGCGGCAGCAGCAGCGGCGGUUCCUCUUCCCCGCAGGACCCGGCCGCCGCCGUCUCCUGGGGCAACACGGCCAACUCGGCCGCCUCGACGAUAGGGACGGACGAGGCCCUCGGCGGCGCACUACUAACCCCCAUUCCCUGGCUCACACGCCGGCCGUCGCCGGGCUCCGCCUCCCCGGCCUCCUCGGGCGGCGGCAGCAGCAACAACGGCCCCGCCGAGAUCCGCACCGAGUCGACGGAGACCAUCGACGGUCCCAACGGCGUCGGCAGCAUCGAGACCGUCAGCGUCAGCGUCAACGGCAUCCCGUCCAUGGGCGCCGCCAUGAGCCACAUCAACACAGCAGCCGGCCCAGCGGGUCGCGGCAUAACGCAAGGUGAGUUACUGCGACAGGAGCAGGAGCAGGGCGUCGUUCCAGUCAACCAACUCGUGCGACAAACAGAAGAAGCACAACUGCACGCCGCCGCCCUCCGCGCCGCCGGCGGUGCUGGUAACGGUGGGAGUGACGGCGGCAAUGCAGACAGCCCCGAGAGACAGCAGCAGCAGCAGCAGCAGCAGUUGUCCCCGGACGCUGCCGCCGCCGCCGCCGCCGCCACGGCUGAAGACGAGACCGAGACCCCGCACGCUCGCGGGCCUGAAGAGAUCGGCGUCGACGACCUCGGUCCGCAGAGCGUCACCACGAGCUUCGUCGGCGGUCCGGGCGUCGAGAUGCAGGGCAUCGACGUCGAGGCCGCGGUCGGUCGCAAGGCCGAGCCGCCCGCGUCGUCGUCGCCCGACGCGGAGGACUCCCACACCGAGGACGCCUCGUCGGUCACGAUGGACGCGGACACGGCCGACGACGACGCCGCCUCGGAGACGAGCACCACGUCGCACGCCAAGCGCGACGCGAACGAGGAGUUGGAGGAGGGCCUCGCGAGCAAGAAGAUCAAGGAGGACGAGGGCGACGUCGCCACCGCGGGCGAAGACGCGGACGUCGUGAAGAAGGAAGAAGAGGAGGUCAAGGUCGAGGAUGCCGAGGCGCCCAAGGCCGAGCCCGAGGACGAGGAGAUGAAGAUGGAGGAGGUCAAGGAGGAAGACGAGAAGAAGCCGUUGGCGGAGGAGGAGGAGAAGAAGACGAGGACCGCUCCCCCGGCCGGGAUCGAGUGA